CACCCCGCACUCACGCCCUACACAUCAGCUCGCUGGGCGUCACUCACCCUUCCAGACACGAGGCAGAAAAUGCUCGAAAUAUUGCCCGCAGGAGAAACGGCCAGCGGGAGGCACCGCUUUUCAUCUCCAUCCCUCGAGAAUCUUCGAAGAUGCCACACGAGAUGCUGGAAAGCAGCAGCCGCGGCAGAGUAUCUCCCAUUUACGCCCAACCCUAUGCAUCCACCCCCGGCCCGUACCACACGCCCUCCUAUACCACGCCCUUCAGGGACGUGUACUCCCUCACGCCCACCAUCCAGAGUCCCACCGAGGCCGUCGCACCGGCUGACUCCUCUGAGGACGCCUCUGAACUACACAAUGUAUUUUUUGGUCAUGACUUCCAACUGGAGCAGCACGCGGGGCGCCGCAGCCCCUUCAUCGCCGCCUACAGGCAUGACGGCCACAGGGACUCUGCUUACUUCUCCACCGACGAGAGCACCGAGCCUGGGGCAGGCCCUGACAUUGUGCCUCGAGGGCCUUCGCCUCCCCUCUCCUCAGCCAUUAUCAGAGAGGCCGUCCAACAUUCGCUAGCCGAUAGCCUGCAGCGCCUGCCGGAGAUAGUUGCCAGCGAGGUGAGUCGCCAGGUGAGGGAGUGCCUGCGGGACAGCACCUCCGAGGUGGCCGCUGAGCUGCACAAGCUGUCCUCCAGUAACGUAGGCUCUGAGUCCCUCGGCCCCAAGCGACCCUCCUCUCUGGACCUCCUGGGCUCCCCGCGCCGCCGCCACAUCUACAGCUACAGCUGCCAGGACCUGCUGGGAGACGACCCCUUCCCACUCGCCCUCACCCACAGCCGCAGGUCGUCCCGGGCAGGCGCCACGCUUUCCGUUGUUGACUUGGACACGAGCAGCGACGACCAGAUGUGUUCUAAGGGCGUGUCUGCCGGCCACUGGAACCAGACCACCUCUGAGCCCUCGCACCUCCACCACCUCCACCUGGAGCACGCCGUAGCCCAGGUGGAGGUAGAGGGCGACGUGGUGGAGCUUCCUUUCAAGCACCACCAGCACUUGAAGGAGGUUCUCACGCCCCUGUGCCGCGAGCUGAGCCAGAGCCACCUACUGGACGGGAAGGGCGAGGCAGGAGUCGGCAGCACCAGCGUGGUGCUGCGGCUGCAGGUGGCCGUGGACCAGCUGGACGACAACCAGAGCGACACCUCCAUGGAGUGGGACUACUUCGACCAGCGCGAUGGCGGGGGAGGUGAUGGCCGAGACAACAGUGGGGGGUCGGGGGGCAGCGUGCCACCUGCUGCCAACGGCCAUGCCAGUCAGACGGGCCAGCAGCAGCAGCAGCAACAGCAGAAGGACCGGCAGCCCAACCCAGCCACCACAAAGAAGAGCCCCGCCCAGAAGGGGCAAGUCUCAUUUGCAUUACUGACGACCGAAAUCACCCGAGACGAAGGUCCAGCAGGAGCUAGCCCGGCCCUGGGACCACCACCACCAGCUCCGCCACAGCCAGCAGCGGAGAUGAACUACAGUAUGGGGCCAGGGCUGGCCUCCCUGCCCCCGGUGCCCCACCCCAGUGCAGGGCCUUGUGGUGCUGACACAGAUGCUUAUUGGCUUACUCAAGGGGAUAACUUGGAGCCAAGUAAACCACAAAGGGCUUCAAUGGCAGGCCCUAAUGACCUCUUUUUUGGAGAAGGAGAUGACAAGUCCUCUGGCGCCUCUCUCAAAGAUAGAGAGGAGCGGCUGCGUCAGCUGAGGGACAGACAGCAACUGGAGAAGCAACAGAAGCUGGAAGAACUCAAGGAACAUGCAGCGGCAGCCCAGCGCUUCCGGGAGCAGCAGGAAAAUGAGCGACGGAAGCGGCUGGAGGAGAUGAGGAUGCGUGAUGCAGACCGGCGCCAGCAGGUGGAGGAACGCAAAAAGAUCAUCCAGCAGGCAGAGCAAGACAGAAGGGAGGCUGUCAUUAGGAAGAAUAUUGAGAGAGAGCAGCGGCUUGAGUCCAAACGGCGCAAUGAGAGGAGCAACAUUGUGUUUGCAUUUGGCAGCUCCACCCCGCGCAUGCUGGACCCCAAGGACAACUCCAACUCCUCCUACUGGGCCUCCCGAAGGGCCACCUCCACCACCAAUGUGCACAUGGUGGAUGGCUCCCUUGCCCGCCGUGCCUCAGAGUGUGGUGAGACAGACCUCAGCCGGAAGCGUGCUACAUCAGCCCAUGGUCUCGACAGGAAGCCUGAAGGUACCCGGCUGACCAAGUCUCGUGACUCGUCACUGGAGCGCAAGACCCCACCCUCUGCCCUCACCUGGGUCAGAUCCUACACACCCCAACCUAAUCCUCAAUCAUCCACCCCAGUCUCUGCUGGUGAUCCUCAUCCUCCAUCCUCCACCUCAUCCUCAUCCUCAGACAAAACCCCAACAAACACUUCACAGUCCCGUUUCUGCGUGUGGGAGUUUGGGGAUAACUUCACUGCACUGGGUCCCACAAAUCAAAGUAGCGGCGGUAACGGCCAACCGGCUUCUUCCUCACCGGCUUCUACACCCACAUCUUCCACGCGCUAUUCUCAUAGAACUGCUUCUGUAUUUACUGGGGCUGGGUGCACUGUUGGUGGAGAAGAUCUUAUGACAAGAUCAAUGACGGCAGCGAUUCCCACCACGGCCGCCCGGCGCCGCACCGACCUGAUGCCAGCCAUGCCCUCCCUGCGCGACAGCACAGCCAACCGUAGCAGCCCCCGCCAUCGGUCACCAGGUAGGGCGCUGUCUCUCGGCCGGCUUGACGAGCUGGCCCGCCCACGCCACCGCAACCCCCCUCUUGCACCCCUGCAUGAAAGUAGCCCCUCCUGUGACCGCAUGACCCCGCCCACCCGCACCAUGUCCAAGAGCAUGAGUCACCUGGGGCCACGACCCCCGAGGCCACCCGGCCCGGAGGUGGCCACCAGUGCGCUGGACAGGGGGGUGUCACGCAGCUCUGUCUCAUUGGCGCAGCCUCGCCUGACGCGCGCUGAAAUGCUUAGACAGAAAAAGCUACGAGGAGCUGCAGAGGACACCAACAGCCUCAGCACCAAGAGCAGCCAGCGGGCCCAAGGCAUGCGUAGUGGGACAGUGACCCCGAAUUCUCCUUCCCGCCCCACCUCCGCCUUGAGUCAGGGAUCCACCAACAGCAGCCAGGUGUCGUACCGGCCAAGAACUUCUCCUCGCAAGCCACGUCCUCUCAGCAUUGCAGGCUCCUCUCUGUCCUCUGCUGAUAAACCCAGAGAUGCUGCCUCAGAGUCAAGGGAAGGCAGGCCUAUGGAGAGAAAAUUGUCAGCUGGUUCAGCCUCCUCCUUCACCAAGCCCACCCGAGCCAAGAGUGCAGGGUCUGAGAGAAGCACACCCUCCACUCCAGCACGCACUCCAGUCAAGGUUGCCACUCCAAAGAAAACUCCAGCACAAGUCAAAGCUGAAAGUGCUGCUAAAAAGGCUGUUGAGAAGAGCAAGUCAACUCCUAAAGCUAAAGUUACUCCAAAAACAACUCCUCUGCAGUCACCAUCAGUAGAGAGUAAGCCUUUGGUUGUUGCCAAGCCCAAAAAGUCAUCUUCCCCCAGGGAAGGCAGCACAGUGGAGGAUAAGGAUCAAACAGAAGCUAUUAAGGUGGAAGACAAACCAGCUGAUGACGUUGCCAAGGUGGAAGAGAAACCAUCAACCGAAGCCACUAAGGUGGAAGAGAAACCAUUGUGUGAAGAACAGAUGAUACAGGAGGAAAUCAAACCAGAAGCCAAGCCAGCCACAGAGGAACCCGCUGCCCCAGUUGAGGUUCAGGCUGUUCCACCCACAGCCGAGCCAACUGCACCACCCGCCCAAGAAAAGGAGAAAAAGGAAGUACCCAGCGAGAGCAAGGAUGCCACCAGUGCCCCACAGGACACCAAGACAGAAAAGGAUAAUAUUAUCCAGGAUAGUGCAGAGACCAAAGCUGAGGCUGAGAAGUCCUUAGCACAGAAAGCAUCUGAAAAGCCAGUUACAGGUUAUGCCACUGAGGAGGAAUACAAGGCAGCCUUGGCCGAGAAGCGAAGACAGGCCAGGGAGGCAAAGGAGAGGGAACUGGAACUAGAGCGUCAGAGGCAGCUUGAAGAGGAGGAGCAAGAGCGGAGAGAGGAAGAGGAGUACCUAAGGUUGAUGGAGGAGCAGCGCAAGGCAGAGGAGGAGCGGCUGAGGAAGGCCAUUGAGGAGGCUGAGCGUAACCGUGUUGAGGAGGCAAAGAAGAGAGAAGAGGAGGAGAAGCAGAGGCUAGAGGCUGAGCGUAUUGAGCAGCAGAAGCGUUUGGAAGCUGAAGUUCGGCUGAAGAAAGAGGAGGAAGAACGACAAGCCCGCAAAAGUCGAGUGGCUGCCAUCAUGGCCAGGACCCGAGGCAAGGGGGGCUCAAACACCCCAACCAAGAAUGAGUCCAAAACUCCCUCUGAAGAAGGCAAGAAUUUUGGUGAUGGUCUCAUGUCCACCAGCAUGACUGAAUCCAUGACUAACUCCAUGAUAGCCGAGAUUCAAGCAGAAACCGCUGCAGCUGCCACUGAUAAGCAGCAGGAUGACUCUCAGCCCAGUGCUCCUGAGCCCAGCCAGCCUCAGCCCCCAGCAGUCUCUCAGACAGUUACUGCCACAGACUCUACCUCCACUAAGAAUCAGGAUGUGAGCCUCGUUGAGGUGACUCAGAGCAGUGUGGUGGAAGACAUUGUCAGUGGUGUUGCCUCAGUGAAAAUUGAGGAACCGCAUGUGAAUGGAGAUUCCCCAGUGCCCAUGGAAACAACUCCCACACACACUGUGGACCUGCUGGGGACUAUUAGUGAUGUAAAUAGUGUAAAUCUUAAUGGCGUAGACAACAGCACACCGCCUCAAACCAGUCAAGGCAGGACAGACAACCUUCUAGACUCAUUAGACCCCCUCAGCUCGUCCCUCUCCACUUCCACCACCACCACCACUACCACUUCCACCACCACACCUGCAGCAUCUAAUUUUGAGCAAAUCAUUGACUUGGGCCAAACUAAACUCAGCAAUGAAGAUGCUGUCAAUAGCAAUCCACCAUCUCCAUUUAUAGCCUUUGAACAAAAUUUGAACAAGAAGCCAAACCAGGAGAAUGCAAGCACUGUGCCAGAUCUGCUACUGUAGACUCCCAAUGUUAAUAGUUAAUGUUACUCUGCAAGUGUUGAUUAUGAUUGUCAGAAACUGCGAAUGUGAUAAAUUCCCCAAGACACAAGGAGCGCGUGGCCAUAGAGCGGCCACCCUCCCUCCAGCCCCGUCAAUUCAGCCUCUGCCCCAGCUGCUGCAAACAGUGGCGUCAGUACUUGCUCUCCCCAGCCAAGAUCUGUCAGCUUGUAUCUGUAUCUUAGUUAUGCAAGACUGUAACCUAGUAAAGUCUCUUGCUGCAAAUGUUAGAUUGGGAGCCAGACUCAGUGCGGGAAGGAGAGAUGGGUGCUGGCAGCAAUGUGGCCCAGCUGUGUUUAGACUCAGAGUUGAUAGGUUACUCUUAUAACUCUGCUUCAUAGAAAAUUACAAUUGCAUUAUGUAUAUUAUUAAAGGGCUGUUCAUUUAUAUGUAUAGUGUUGUCUCCCUUCGAGAAAUGGACGAGUCAUUAUCUCAAAAGCUUUAGAUUAAGUUUUUCCUUGUAUGAUGACCUUGUGCCUGACAGGGCCCAGGAAAGUCUAAACAGGCUGUGUAGCUGUGUGGGAAGAAUGUCUCAUAGCUUGAAUGGUGUGUAAAUAGACAUUUGGCCCAUUUCUCUGAGAAAUCUGUUAUGCCUAACUCUUACUAGUAUCAGUUUUCUCUCUUCUUUUGAGUCUGGAUCCCUUUUGUGAAUUGCAGCAUAUGAACAUACUAACAGUGAAGACUAUUAUGAUAAUGUUUAGAAACCUCAGCAUAAUGGAUCAGCUAACUGAAUGACAUCCUCUCAUCCUGACAGUAAAGCUAAAUAUACUUAGAACAACUCUGAUAUUCUUGUUAAUACUGCUUUAUAAAAGUCCAUCAUUUGUCCCAUGAAGGCCCAAGCAGAUGUUACCUUGACUUCCCUGGAGGGAGACAUCACUGUAUGUAAUACCAAGGUUGAGCAAGAUCUGCAUUUCAGUCAGCAUGCAGGACGCAUCACACAGUUGAUCGGUGCUAGCAAAGCAGCGGCUGUGAGGUUCAGCAAGGGGGUCACACCAAGAGUCAGGGUGAGCGAUGGUUCUCAGAGCAGCCUACUUUUUGAGGAUGUGUUUGGGGCUAUUCUAGGGAAGAAUGUUAUGAUUAUUAAUCUAUUUACUUGAUAUAUUUCUUGUACAUAGAUGACUAUUAACAAUGAUGUUGAGGGUAUUGAGUAUUAUAUGUAUUUGAUAUGAAGACGGUAACAGCUCUGUCCCAGGGCUGAAGGGGGCCCGGUGCCUCGCUGGUGCCGGACUCUUGGCUCCAUGGCGCUAAUCACAUGUUAUAGUAACGUGUAAUCUAGCCUUGUUAAUAAUCACCAAUAAUACUAUAAUUACCAGCUCUGCCAUUCUUCUACUUUCUGACAUGCUUUUAAAUAAUUUACUUCUAUAGAUAUUAUGUAUAAAGUAACUCUUAUAUUUUAGAUCAUAGAUCCUGAAUAAGUCAUGUUCCCCAAAACUUAUUUUAUUUAUGUAGUUUAAAGUUUUUUUUACAUUUGUGUUGCAUUUACCCUGGUGCACAUUGAGGUUUAUUGAAGUUUUCACACUAGCUGAGCCCGCUGUCUUGGGCAGAUUUAUCAUUUAUAUAUUAUUAAAUGCUCAAAGAUUUAUGACUGCUUGAAAUUAUUUAAAUUUCAUGUGUUACUUUAAUAAAAAGGAAUAUAUUUGUUUGUUACACUGUCAGAUGGAGCCAUUUAUUAUUCUCAGCAACACUUUAUUUUGGGCUCCCCUAGUGGGCCAAUCUUCAAAACUAAACAUCACUGUACUUGUAAAAGUGCUCUAUGUGGUAUAAAAUCUACCAAUAAUUAAA